AGCCAUUAAAAAUUUUAAUAUAAUAAACUUUACAAGCCUGUGUGGCUGAGUGAUUGCUCACAAAACAAAUGAUCUUCUCUCUGUAGCGGAACUAACAUCAAACUUUAGACUAGACUAGAGGGAUCCAUUCAACUACAUUGCCAUUUUGUAUUUCACUUUUUUCUUACAAAUAUAACCGAUUGCCUACAAUGGUAGGUGGUUAAAUAUAUUUAUAGAAAUACGUCAUGUACCUGUUGGUAGAUGUGAUUUGUUGCUGCGCUGUUAUGUGUUGGGAGUAUUCAGCACCUCGUCUGUCCACUGGGGUUGCUCUGCCCUCUUUUGUUUGAUGGAAAAGUGCGUGAAGCAGAGUAAAGUCAGACAAGCUGGAGUAGCCAUGGUGUUGUUGGUGUAACACCAAUAGUAUCAUCUAAGAUAGAUUACUGACAGUUGUCUUCGGUGGUAAAGUCCGCUAACAUCAAUGUUAGCAAGUAGCCUGCUCGGCUAAAUGCUAUGCUCUAGAAUGGACCUGUUGAACUCUCAGUUCCUGGACAAGAUGAACAAUAACAUUGGGAGACUGCACUACGACGAUGAGUCCAGACUUCCCUCCCUGUCUGCUGCCAUGUCCACCAUGAAUGGGCCUCCACCGCACUGCCCGAGCAAACGAAAGUAUGGCGAAGAACAAAUGGAAGAUCGAAUCAACUGUGAUGAUGACCACAUGACCAAAAUGAGCCGACUGUUUGCUACUCAGCUGGCCCGUCCCUCAGCAGGAGACAACCGUAAUGAGCACUGGAGCCACAGUCCCAUGGAUCAUAUUACUUCCUCGCCUAACGGUAUCCACGGCAACCACCUGUACACACCCCUGUCUGGCUACGAUGCAAAUCAGCCUCUGCCUCUGACCAAAAGCAGCCAUGACAUCGGAGUCUGCAAUCCAGCGAGGUCGGUGAUAAGUGGCGCCGUGGAACGGCAGCAGAAUCGUCCCUCUGUUAUAACGUGCGCCCCUGCCAGCAACCGCAACUGUAACCUGUCGCACUGCCAUAUGAGCGGCUGUACUUCCAGCCCCCCACCUGAUCAGAGAGAGACCAAUGCCAAUGCGGUCUGCGACCCUGUGAUUGAGGAGCACUUCCGUCGCAGCCUGGGGAAGAACUACAAAGAGGCAGAGGCGGUGUCCGACUCAGUGUCCAUCACAGGCUCUGUGGACGACCAUUUCGCCAAGGCACUGGGAGAAGCCUGGCUGCAGAUCAAAGCCAGGGGGGGCGGCCAGCAAACUCCAGAUGCUGACCCAUGAGUCAGGAGACGGCAAACGUUCUAAUCGCUUUCUCAGUGUGUAUGUGUGUGUGUGUGUGUGUGAGUGGAGAGUGUCCACUCUCAUCUCUUGCCAAGAAUCAACUUCCCUUAGCCAAGAACACAGUAAGACACGUGGUGCUCACACAGGUGGUCCCUUUGUGACCACACUUUACAUUUGUAAUUUGAAUUUCACGCAGCUCUUUGAUGGAUGGGAACUUGGAAUGUUUGUUAGGAAAAACUGUACAAUCAUAGAUUUUCAUUUUGGAAUGACACCGUUUCCAAAAGGUUCAGCUUGAGCUCUUCUCUUUCUCCCUCAUGCCCCGAGAGCCAAAGACAUCUCCUGCCUUUUCUACCAACACGUAUGCCUCGGAUUCAGUUGUCUUUUCCCCUCUGAACUCACACUGCUUUUUGACACUAUUACUUGAAAAGGACAGCCGGGUCUCAUUUGCACUGUUACGUUCCUGAGCAUCCAGGUAACGGGUUACCUUUGCCAGCAGGAACUAGUGUGUUCUAAAGAAAAAAGAGAACGUUUUUGUGUGUUGAGAUUGUGAUGAGACAAGAGAAGCUCUGGUCCCUCUGCCUUCUGAAGACACUAAAACCGUCAUCUUAAUGGUGGGGAACUGGACGUAUUCACUGUUAAGUAACCCUAGUUUGCCAUCUUUCCACCACUGUGGCUGAUUUCUUAGUACACUAAUACCAAUCAUAGACGAUAUCUCCUCCUAGAAAGCAUGUGUCAGAUAGCUGGUUUCUAUUACAAACCUUAUUCUAUACUAUGUAUUUACUCAGAAUUUAUUUUUAUCUGUAACAUUUUAGAAAUACUCACUGCUGGUACAGUUGUACUCAAUAUAUUUUUUUGUAUCUGGUUUUCAGUACUAUAUGUAGGUGCAUAUCUUAGCAUCCAUCUACGAUCACAGCCUCUGGCCAGGUUGUCUUGAAUGCAGUGAAACCGGCCGAGUUCCAUUUGUUACUCGGCUGAGCUGGAUGCUUUAGCUUUACUCAUAACUGAACACGGCUAACUCUCACCAUCUGUAGCAGGGGGGUUUAGUAGCAGUGGCUUUUAUUUAUUCUCAACGUUUUGAUCGUUCCAUGUAAGCUUUUGGUGAAGCGCAAUGAAGCCAGAAGUCUUAACCUUGAUGUGAUUUGAUCCACCGUGCUUCAUCGACAAAGACGUCAAUUUGACUUCCAAAAAAACAAAGCAGGGGGUAGUCUCUACUGUUCAGCAUUCCUCUGCUGCUUCCUGACUGUUAGGGGUCACUUCAGUCGUGUUGAGCGAGAACUGUUACAAGAAUGUUUGUAAUUUUAUUUAGAUCGAGAUGAUGGCGCGAAGCUCCCUGAUAAUGGAGAGUUGGCUUAACUGAGUAACAAUUGUUUAUAUUAUUAUUAUUAUGCAGUUGAGUUUGUUUAAAUCUUCCCUCUUUAGGAUUUAGUAGCGUUGCCUAUCUGCCGACACAGAUUGACAUAUGAUAUUGUAGCGGUUUCGUCGAUUAACUGUUUUUGCAUAAAGGCUCACAUUUGUAUUAAUAAGUCGUUACACUAUCCCGUCUUUUUCUCAUUGGAUUUGACACAUCUAAGACUAUCAUUGCGCCGUGCGGAAUGAUUUUUUUGUUUUUUUGUCCCUGUUCACAGCAGUGUUCUCCUGUUGAGUGGAACCAUGAACCUAUGGUUCUUUUUCAUUUCCCACAGGUGUCGAGUGAUUGUCAAGUGCAGGAACACGAGUCCGUAGAGCAAACACUUUCUUUAUGCUGUCAGGAAGGAUUUCUGCAACAGUUUAAAGAAUUCAAGCCUUCUGUGUUUACUAUUCUUGAGAUUUUCUUUUUUCUUUUUUCCAUGGAAUCUGCUUGUUUGACACAAGUAGUGUUGUCACUAAUGUGUUUUGGGAUAUUAGGCCGUUGUUAUUUAAUUUGUAUGUUUAGACUACCUGCAUCUCAAAGACUGCAUGAGGUUCUUGUUUCUUGUUGUCAUAAUAGAAAAACCGAACACUUGUCUACUUUUAUUCCUGUCUCUCUGGAAGAAAAUACCACUUUUUUGUACUUACAUCUCUUCCAAAUAAACUUAUGAUAACUACA